UGGCUGAGGUCAAGAGUUCCUGUUCGGGGAGCACGUCGCGAAGCGUGAGCGUCAUCACCGAGCUGCUUUCGUAACACGUUUAAUGAUAAUAUGGAAGUAAACACACGGCGGACUGCCGACUAGUUCACCGCUGACCGGGCUGCAGACAUGACGCGCUACUUCACACGCGAGGAGGUGUCCAGGAGAAAUCACCGCCAAGACGCGGCCAUCAUCAUCGACAACGUAGUGUAUGACGUCACGGACUUCCUGGAACACCAUCCCGGUGGGAUCGAGGUAUUGCUAGACAACGCCGGCAAGGACGCCUCCAAAUGUUUCGCUGACGUCGGACACAGCGAGGACGCAAAGCUGUGGCGCGCUCAGUACAAGGUGGGCGAGGUCGUGGCCGACGAGCGCUGGCAGGUGGUCGCGCCGGUAUCCUCCGAGCAAGACGAAGACUCGGCCGAAUAUACGCUAAAGGGUCUUCUGGACGUGCUGCUGCCGCCUCUGUUCAUGGGCGCCGUCGCCCUCGUCACAUAUAACUACCUGCUCUCGUAGGACCUCCGGUGUAUAGUCCGGAAAAUUUUAUUACUAUGUCGGUCCGUGCGGUGACUUAUAGUUAAUGUAGCUACAGAAAUGAACAGUAAAAUUUUAACUACCUCCUGUGAGUUUUUUACAGCAACAUCACAACAAGAGGUCUCGAGCGUAUUCACCUAUACCUUGUAUACGCGAUGCAAAAAACUAUCUGAAGGUUGAACAACUCACCUUGUUGAUUAACUGUUGACGCAAUUAUAUUUUAAAUUGUUA